AUGAAUAACACAGAUUUAAAAAUUUUAAUUGAUGAUUUAGUAUUUAAUCAAAAUUUUCUUAAUUAUUAUGAUUUAAAAGCAUAUCUCCAAAAAUAUAAUAAUAAUAUAACGGGUGAUGAUAUGGAAUAUUAUUAUCCAUAUUAUAAAAAUGAAAUUUUGAAAUAUCAUAAUAAAAUAAUUUCUGAAAUUAAAGACAAAAUUAAAAAUAAUGAAUAUAUAAAGGGAAAAACUAAAUCACAGCUUAAACAGUUGAAAGAUUUCAAAAAUAAAGUAUUAACAGAAGAAGAUAUUGAUGAAUUAUAUAAAUUAUAUAAUCCCGAGCCGCAAAAGCCAAAGGAACAAAACACCCAGGUCCUUCAGACCAUAAAUGAUGCACAAGCUUUAAUUUAUGAUUCAUUAGUUAAACCAUAUUCAGCCCGACUUUUAAAUGAAGAUCAACUUUUGGAAUUCAUCCUUCAACAUAAACUCGAAGCGGGAAAGUAUAUCAAACCUUUAUAUACAGCAUAUUUAAAACAAAUGAAUAAAAUACAUCCAGAAUUAAUGAAGGGAGGAUUGAAUUCCAAAAUCAAAGCAGAUAAAAUUAAACCACUUACAACACCAAAACCUCCAACAGUAGUACCUCCUCCUUCAGUUAAUCCUUCAUCAUUCACUUUAUUAUAUCCAUUUCAAACAUUUAAGAAGCAAAAAGAUUUUAAAAAGGAUUUCAAGAUAUUAAAUAAACCAAUUGACCCGAAAAUUCAACCAUUAAAGGAAAAAUUUAGUCGCCCUUCAUUUGCUCCAUAUCCAUAUUCAUACGAAAUCGAUCAUCUGGAAUAUUCAAAAGGAAACGUUACUUAUUUAUUUGCCAUUAACAUUAACACUAGAUAUUUAUAUUGCAUUCCGGUGAAAGGGAAAACAGAACAGGAAACAAGAAAAGCUAUUCAAUACUUACUAGAUCAUGAAAGAGUAGAUAAUAUCAGGGGUGAUGGUGAUAAAGGAUUUCAGGCAGCUAUGGCUCAUUAUUUCCCACAAAUUAAUUUUUACUUUUCAUCCUCUCCAUAUACGUUUCAUAAUAAAAUA